UCAUUUCAAUUGUACAUGGAGAAACAGUGCUAUGUAUUUUUUCCUUUUUUGCAUUGUGACUCUAGUGCUUAUGUGGUUCAUAACGCAUCUGCAUAAUAUUUACAACCAUCUCAAGGAGUUUCCCGCUCCCCCAAUUGUACCGGUUUUGGGGCAUGUGUUUGAUUAUGUGGAUCCUAAAAAAGCUCUAUCGAUUCUUACAAAUAAUUUAGUUAAUCAUGGAGGAGUAAUUCGACAAUAUAUUGGCCCGCGAAAGCCCAGUUUGGCAACAGCAAAUAGGGACUUUUUGCAGUUUUUAUGCCGCCAUAGUAAAUACAUAGGGAAAGCGAAAUAUUACCGAUACUUAAAGCCAUGGCUUGGAGAAGGCCUCCUGACCAGUGAUGGUCACCAAUGGUUAUCCAGAAGAAAGGCCCUGACAUCGAGUUUCACCCAAUCGGCUGUGCUCAGGAACUUUGUUGGGGUUUUUGAGGAAAAGAGCGAUCAACUGAUUGAAGAGAUAAAUGGCCUCAGUGGUGAUAAAGCCAAUGUGCAUCUUAUAAUGAAAAGAUUCACUUUAGAUGUAAUUUGCGAAACCGCAAUGGGAGUAUCCUUAAGCUCCCUUGCGAAUUCAGCUGAUUCAAACUACGCAAUUAGUAUUGAAAGCGUCUGCGAAGUGAUCCAGAACCGAAUGACAUCCUUUAUGAAGAAUUUCGACUUUUUUUACCAGUUUUCUAGUGAUUGCAAGAAGGAAAAGAAAAAUUUGGCAGUUAUUGAUAGAAUGUUGCAUAAAAUAAUCAAAGCCAAACACCAAGAGAGGCAACAAAUUGGAAAUGCGAAAGAAAGAAAAGAUAUGCUCGAUUUGAUGAUGGAGGUGGAGAUUGAGGGAAAAACGCUGAGCAGCAGUGAGUUGAGAGCGCACAUCAAUAGCUUUACUUUUGCGGGGUAUGAUACGACCAGUUCUGCUAUGUCGUUGGUACUCUAUGAAAUAGCAGAAAAUCCAAGUAUUCAAGAAAAACUGCUUGAAGAACAAAUGCAAAUAUUCAGCGGAAAGUUGAAUAACGCAUCAGUAACUUAUGAGAUUCUACAUAAAAUGGCUUAUUUAGACAUGGUUAUUAAGGAAACGUUGCGACUUCACACCAUUGUUCCCUGUAUCGGAAAACGAGCCACCAAAGACUUGCAAUAUGAGGGUAAAACAGUUCCAGCUAUGCUGAACAUAAACAUUUGCAUUCACGCGUUUCACCACAACCCGAAUUACUUUCCGGAACCAGACAAAUUUAAUCCUGAAAGAUUUGCAGAUGAAACCAAAAUUGAUCCAUUCGCUUAUAUCCCGUUUGGCGUAAAACCUCGGCAAUGUCUAGGGAAAGAAUUUGCAAUGCUCGAGAUGAAAUGUGCCUUAUCCAAAAUAAUCAGGAACUUUCAAGUGGUGAAAGUUCCAGAUUUUCAGCUGGAUCUGAGGCCGAAAUUGGUGCUGUUUUCCGCCAAUGGAAUUUGGGUUGGGUUUAAAAAAAGAAGCGUGACCGAUGAAAAUGUGUAAAAGUUCGAUUGAUGAAUCUCAAAACCCGAGGGGUGUAAUAAAUAAAAUGCAUUUAGAUCCAA